AAAGCUGGGCCUCUUUCAGUGCCUCUUGCUGCAAUCAACUUCGUCACCAGAUUGGCGACUGGAUUGUUUUCCCGGAAUAAACGAAAUUUUGAUUUAUCAAAUUCAGAUGAAAAUAGCUUCAGUGAUUCAGAAACUCAGCAUAUGCCUGAGGUUACAGUUGAUAGAACAACAAAUGAUGCAGAUUUUCAGGCUUCUGCCAGUACAGGAGAUGUUGAAAGGGUAAUUGAAAGCCCAAAAUCAGAUUCUGCCAGUGCAAGAGCAGACUCAGAGGGUGGAAUACAGAGCUUCAAACAUUUUGACAUUAGCGAUAAUCCAGCAGAUAAUUAUUUUUCAAGCAGUAUUGGGCAGGGUAGUGGAGAAAGGAAAUGAGUCAAAAAGAUGCAGGAAUGGAGCAUCCUUGAGAAGAACUUGCCAGAUGCUAUUUAUGUGAGAGCUUAUGAGGAUCGAAUGGAUUUGUUAAGAGCUGUGAUAGUAGGAGCUUCUGGAACUCCUUACCAAGACGGCCUUUUCUUUUUCGAUUUUCAUCUUCCACCUGAGUACCCUCAAGUUCCUCCGCUAGCGUACUAUCAUUCUGGUGGUUUGCGGAUAAACCCCAAUCUCUAUGUGGACGGGAAGGUCUGCCUAAGCCUUCUGAACACGUGGACUGGCAGAGGAAAUGAAGUGUGGGACCCAUCUUCCUCGAGCAUUCUUCAGGUUUUAGUUUCUCUACAAGGCCUGGUUCUUAAUUCCAAACCUUACUUCAACGAAGCUGGGUACGAAAGACAAGUUGGAACCAUAGAAGGAGAGAAGAAUUCCAUACCCUACAAUGAGAACACAUACCUUCUGAAUUUGAAAUCAAUGUUGUAUCUCAUGCGCCGCCCCCCCAAGCAUUUUGAAGCUUUUGUGAAGGACCACUUCCAAAGGCGUGGCUAUUACAUCCUCAAAGCAUGCGAGGCCUACAUGGCCGGUUGUUUAAUCGGGACUCUUACUAAGGACGCCUGCAUGACCCAAAAGAGUACGGAACAGUCCUGUUCUGUUGGCUUCAAGUUAAUGUUAGCCAAAAUCCUGCCAAGAUUGAUUGCCUCAUUAGCAGAAAUUGGAGUCAAUAUCCACCAAUUUGAACACCUAAUCAGGCCUUGAUGCCACUAAAGAAAAUCAAUCGAAAGUUAUAAUUUUUUGGUGCUCCAGAAAUGUUAUUCAAGUAUAAAAAUGAAGGGUUUUAAUUAUACAAGCCCUGCAUUCUUAAGGUUUUUUAUUUUAUUUUAUUUUUAUUGUAUUAUUCUUUGUUCCUUUCCUCUCCUUUUCUUUUGGCUUCUGGUAUUGUUUGGGGGAAUUGUAACUGUAGGCUGCUUGGAUAAAUUCCUCUUAAUCAAAGAGAAAAUGAAUAUGAGAACUUGGUACAGGUGUUGGGGAUUAUUGAUUGUAUUAAUGCGAGUAUUAUGCUUUCAUA